GCUCCACUUGUUUGCCCCUUCUCUUGUUUCUUUUCGAUUUCCCUUUUUGUUUUGUUUCAAUUCUUUCAAAUCUGGGGAGUAACUGAUGGGAGGAUGUUUUAGAUCUACAAGACAGACUGUUAGGGUGGAGGUGGACUGUUUCGAUGGGUUGAGGACAGCUAGGGUGGUUGCGGACUGGGUAGGUGGGUUGUCGUUAGAUAGGGUUCGACGAUUCAAUCUAGAUUUGAGAAUGGCAAAUGAAGGAAUUGGAACCAUACUUGGUCGUGUUCGUCUUGAAGAGGAUGAAGACGACACUCUCCCCUUGGUCUUGGCUUGGAAACUAAAUGCUUUCAAGGUGGAAAAGCUACGAUUGGUGGGGAUUACGGGCACUUCCUUGGCCACAUGGACGGAUCCUUUCCUUCUAUCUACAGGUUUGGGUGGUAAAAUAGAUGUGAUUGCUAGUAGUGUCAAUAAGUUCUAGUGCACUCUUUCUAUGUUACUACAUAACUCUAUUGAUACCCUUAUGACAUAUACUAAUAUUUAGAGGUUUUCAGUUCCUAAUGGUCUUUAUUUGUAUGAAACACGUAGCUCUAUAUGUUAGUGUCAGAGGUCCUUCUUAGCUUUUUCCUUUUUUAUGUUCAGCCUAUAUGGCAAGGUAUAAUUUGUAUUGUAAUUGUUUUUCAAUUAUUAAUACAAUUAUACUUCUUAU